AUGGCCGGUCGCUUCGUUCGAUCGUCCAAAUACCGACAUGUUUUCGGUAAAUCCACGCGGAAGGAGUUCUGCUAUGACAAUUUACGCAUUAGCAGGAAUGCUUGGGACACCAAUUUGAUCAAGGCCAACCCAGAGUACCUUGCAGUCAAUUGGGAAGCUAGCGGAGGAGGCGCCUUUGCCGUUAUACCUCUAAAUGAGAAGGGAAAGAUUCCCGAUGUUAUUCCCCUAUUCCGAGGCCAUACAGCAGCUGUCCUCGAUACCGACUGGAACCCCUUCAAUGACCGCGUGGUAGCAUCUGCUUCCGAUGACGCCAAAGUUAUGUUGUGGCAGGUCCCUCAGGGAUUCAGCCUAUUUACCGACGCCGAAGAGCCCACCGACGUUGCCCCCAUUGCCAAAUUGACGGGUCACUCCCGAAAGGUCGGACAAGUUCUAUUCAAUCCUGCCGCCGAGAAUAUCCUUGCCUCAGCCUCCGGAGAUCUCACAAUUAAAUUUUGGGAUAUUGGUACCGGAUCUGCUGUGCACACUGUCAAACACCCUGAUAUUGUGCAGAGCUUGACUUGGAACGCCGAUGGAACUUUGUUGGCGACAACGUCUAGGGACAAAAAGCUUCGGGUAUGGGAUGUUCGCCAAGAGAGGCCCGCUCAUGAGAGCCCGGGACAUGAGGGGGCCAAGAAUAGUCGAGCGGUCUGGCUCGGUGAGCAUAACCGGUUCGCCACAACUGGAUUCUCCAAGAUGAGCGACAGGCAGCUUGCUCUGUGGGAACCAGGCAACCCCAACCCCAUUGGUGGUUUCACAGUACUAGACAGUAUCUCCGGUGUUUGCAUGCCUUUCUGGGAUGAUAGCUGUAACUGCCUUUACCUUGCUGGAAAGGGUGAUGGCAACAUACGAUAUUUCGAAUAUGAGAACGACAAAUUUGAGUUCUUAUCGGAAUACAAGUCUCCAGAUCCCCAACGUGGAAUUGCAUUCUUGCCUAAGCGUGGUGUGAAUGUUCAUGAAAACGAGAUAAUGAGGGCCUUCAAAACCGUGAACGACACGUAUAUCGAGCCUAUCUCUUUCACUGUUCCUCGGCGUGCUGAGACUUUCCAAUCGGACAUUUAUCCACCGUGUGUUGGUAUGAAACCUGCUGUCAGCGCGCAAGAAUGGGUAUCAGGACAAAGCGGCGUCCCGUCUAAAAUCGACUUUGAGAGCAUUUACGAGGGAAACGCGCCCGUCGAGGUACCCUCCGAUUAUAAACCACCUGCUCCUAUCCCGACCCCGGCUCCGGUUUCAGCCCCAGCACCUCAAAAAGCGCCGGAACCUACCCCAGCGCCAGUUACUAUCCGAUCCGGCUCCAUUAAGGAUCAGCAGAGCUCUAUGGCAGCGCUAGCUUCCAAGUAUGAAGACAAGACAGAAGACGUAGAGGAACCCUCAAGCUUUGAUGAGUUUUCCAAACCACAACAGCGAAGUUCUCGUUUUGAACCCAACACCCCAUCCCCAACGAAAACUGCCUCUGCACCUCUUCCCAAGCCCGCUUCACCUGUCAAGCUCUCAACUUCAGACUCAACACCAACGACUUCAGCUCCAGCCCCUGCGGAAUCUUCUGCUAGCUCAGGGCCGGUACUAGACCAGAUCAAAGAGCUGCUAGAGACGCAAACCAAAAUGCUGAGCGCACAAAGCCAGCAUAUCGAACGCUUGACGGCCGAAGUUGAUUCGUUGAAGAAGCGAGUGGGAACUGGAUCUACAGACCAAAGUGAGCGCAUUCGACAAUUAGAGCUAGAGUUAGAAGAGUUGAGAUCAUAG